GAGUUGUUAAAAAAUAAGCAAAGCCGAGUGGUCAUAGAGGGAUCAGAAAGGACAGGAUCGGGGAUGCCGUGUCCCGAGCCGAGCUAAGUGGCUGCAGCUUUAGUCUUCGGGCCUCACACUUCUUCCGCCAAAGCUGGACUCCCUACGGGCACCAUGGACAGCAACGGCACGCUGUUGAGCUCCGGCUCGCCGCCUCCGUCCAUCCACGGCGAGAUGCUGGCCGUCACGCCCACCAUCUUCCCCCGGGUGGGCUACAGCAUACUCUCCUUCCUCAUGUUCAUCAACACGGUGUUGACAGUUUUCAACAACGUCCUCGUCAUAAGCGUGUUGGUGAGGAAUCCGUCCCUCCUCCAGCCCAUGAACGUGUUCAUCCUCAGCCUCGCCGUGUCGGACCUGAUGAUCGGCCUGUGCGGCUCGCUGGUCGUCACCAUCACCAACUACCACGGCUCCUUCUUCAUCGGCCGCACGGCCUGCGUUUUUCAAGGAUUUGCAGUCAAUUAUUUUGGUCUGGUGUCACUGUGCACUUUGACCCUGCUCUCCUACGAGCGCUACCACGUGGUGUGCAAACCGAGGAAUUCCCUCAAGCUGAGCAUGAGGAGAAGCGUCAACGGGCUGCUGAUGGUCUGGAUGUUCUGCUUGUUUUGGGCCGUGGCUCCCUUAUUUGGCUGGAGCUCCUACGGACCCGAGGGAGUGCAGACCUCCUGCUCUCUGGCCUGGGAGGAGAGAUCGUGGAGCAACUACAGCUACCUAGUCCUCUACACGCUCCUCUGCUUCAUCUUACCUUUUGCAGUCAUCAUCUACUGCUACGCCAAAGUCCUCGCUGCCAUGAACAAGCUGAACAGGAGCGUGGAGGUGCAGGGCGGGCGCUCCAGCCAUAAGGAGAAUGACCACGCCGUCAGCAUGGUCCUCGCCAUGAUCGUGGCUUUCUUCGCUUGCUGGCUGCCCUACACGGCGCUGUCGGUGGUGGUUGUCGUGGAUCCGACGCUCUACAUCCCUCCGCUGCUUGCCACCAUGCCCAUGUACUUUGCCAAGACCAGCCCCGUCUACAACCCCAUCAUCUACUUCCUCUCCAACAAGCAGUUCCGUGAUGCCGCUCUGGAGAUGCUGUCGUGUGGCAGCUACAUCGGCCGCACGCCCAACACCGUCGGCAUCAACAUGCGCUCCCUGAGCAGGAGGAGCCGGCUGAGUUCCCUAAGCGGGAACGUCACCUCGCACAGCAAGGUGUUGCCUCUGUGACCUUGCUUUAUCAGACCUGCUCACCUUAGAGGUGCGCGUCUCCUCAGAGAGGUCUUCGUUGUAGCCCAGUGGGAACAGAAUUAGCUCAGUGACGGAUAGACGACUCUGAAGAGGUGGACAAAAAUAAAUGGGAAGCCUUAUAGAUAACGUUAAUGCAGUCCAGUACACCCAAAUAGUGCUGAUUUGGCUCCAUUGUUAGCGGUGAGUUGAUUCAUCUGAAACUAAUUUAACUAUUUUAUAUCAUUUGUGUGUUUUGGUAGUUAUUGUCCAUCCCAUUUUUUCCCAGUAAAAUUAGAUCAUUGAGUGGGAUUGUAAUAUUUCUGUGAUUUAGAGAGAGAGAGAGAGAGAGAGAGAGAGAGAGAGAGAGAUUUUUUGCUAAAUAAAAUGUAAUUGACCCAUAUUUAUUUGUGAAAAGGUACUUCUUCCAUUCUAAAAGUCACUUCUAUGUGCAUUACUUGGGGGAGUUGGGUAAUGCGGCACUUUUGUGUGAAAACAAAUAGCCUGAAUCGGUUAGUUAUUAUAAUACACUUUCUACCCUUAUGUGAAUAUAUAAAUAUAAAAAAAUCAAUGUCAACCACAGCCGGCUCCAUAUUUAAGUUGACUUAUUAGAAAUCUGCAGCACAAAAUCAAUAAGAUUGCUGAAGUUAAUUUAAACAUUAUUCCCCUCACAAGCAAGUGGGUUAAAAGGGGAUUUAAUCACUACAAUUAUUUAUCAGUUUCACCGACUUUGCAAAAGCAAUAAACAAUGUGCUAUUAAUCAAAUUGUAUGGCUGUCCAAAUAUAUGCGACAUUUAAUUAAAUCUAUUCUUCAAUACCCACCAAAUACGUAAGAUUGUGGUGCCCUUGUUGAGUGAGGCUGUUGCACAGGGCACCUUGUGCGAUGGUAAACCACUCAGGCAGGGAGAUGCUGCCUUUUUAUCGGUUGUCUAUUUCUUAUUUGUGUUUAUUUGUGACUGUUCAGAAAGAACUGCCAUGAUGACAAGAACUCGGAGUCAAAAAGUCAGGAAGUGCUUCUUCAGUGGCGCCUGAGUCAAAACCGAGUUACCACAAAGGAAGAUUGACAUGAAUCAUUGAAUGAACCGAAGGAAACCAUUUUGAGCGAGUUUCAACUUCUGAGUGAUAAAUUAGAGCGGUACACUUUUGAUCCAAGCGGAGUAAACAUAUGGACUUAUUUUAUUCCAUUGAUACGAUACGAUGUUCUUUGACCAGUUGGUUUUUUGUAGCUAUGAUUUGUUUCUAUUCACGUAACCAUGGCUUUCACAAUAAACAUUGGCAUGAGGUCAGUGGUUCUAACAAUCAUAAUUUCACCCUAAAUAAGUGAGAGAAGUAUGCGUCAUGUACCAGAUUUUCUCCAGAUGGGAUGGAUUCCAAUCCAUCUAGAUUCUCUCUUGGGUGCUUUUAUUUUGAAAACUUCAAGCAGGCGUCCAUCUGGACACUCUGCCAGAAAGUGGAGUGUUGCAGUCACGAUUGUCCCUAUGGGACUUCCUGUCAGCCAGUAAAACCAUUGGCUUCUUGGUUACUUCUCCCCACAUUGCUGCAGCUUUAGGAAGGGGAGGCGUUUAAAAGGAAAUGCGCUCGCUUUCACAUAAUCACUCACAGCAUUCUCAGCUGUGAGUGAUUAUAAAGACAUUAUGUGCAAUUAUUUGAAUUAACCACAGGUGGACUCCAAUAGAGCUGAAGAGGCACCUUAGCGAAAUUUCAAGUUUCACAGAAGGCUGAAUUCCCUCAUUUCCUUUUUUCUCGAAUGUGCAAUGAAAAUGUUAUCAAGCAUUGUUUUAGAAAGAAACGGGUCUCAUUUAGUCCUGUUCCCUCCCACUU